UUUAUUCGAACAUUUAGAAGAAUCUUUAUACAAAAAUAAUCACGAUGUUUAUCUUGUAUAUAAAAUGUCUCAUAUUAGGAUAUUCGAAUGAAAACAUUUUGUCAUUUUAGAUAUGCAUAUAUGUUGAACGACAAGUUCGCAAGAUUAGUGCCCGGUGAGUUCGCAAUGGUCACAAUAGUGAUGACUUAUGAUCUGAUCCAUAUGAUUAUGUCGUCGUCUAACGCUGUUUAUGUACAAAGCAUGAUGUUCAUAGCUUCUACACUCGCGGCAAUUUUCUACUAUUGCUGGUUUGGCAACGAGCUCAAACUAAAGAGUUUGCAGUUAUCAGACAAUAUCUACAACAUGGAGUGGAUGACGUUAAACGACAAUGUGAAAAAAGGUCUCUUAAUGAUUAUGAAUCGUGCGACGAUACCUAUCGAAUUUAAAGGCGCGUACAUGCCAAUGAAUCUCGAAUCUUUCGUGGUGGUGCUUAAGACGUCGUAUUCGCUCUUUAACGUACUGAUACAGUCGCGCAAGCAGGAACACAGCUUAUCAAACUGAACAUAUCUGAUUGUAUUUACGAAUACGAAUAUUUUUUAUUAUUUAGACAUAUCUUUUCCCCAGUGUAGAUAACGAUAACGAAUAUAAUCGUCGCUUUUAUCGUUCCUUUGUUUACAUGCAGAAAUAACGGGUUACGUUUGAGAGUAACUUUCACAAGCCCAGUUGAAAUGCUACUGCAUUGCUACUCGUCGGCGAUUACGUGAGUCCUCUUUCCCGACCGUACCCAGACAAUUGAAUCGAUGAAUCGAUAUACGAAAUAUACAUGUGUGCGCGCGUGACGACAUGGUGAGUUAUGUGACUAGAAACAGUAAUAAAUAAAAGAUCUCCUAAUCGCUAUGCAAAAAAGUCUCUCACGUGAAUCUUUCAUAUGAACAACUUGUGUGUCUGACGUAUCAUAUAUUCACAAUCUUUCGAAGUGACUGACGCAGGGAAGGGAAAGGUAGGUUAAUACGUACGUUUUCUAUUCUACCCUGUGAAAAAAUAAUAGCGUCCUGUUCCGUCGCAUGACAAAAGCAUCUGCUGCUCGGCGAAUCGAUAUUAUAUGAUGAAAAUGAUAUUCCGCGUAGACGCCGGUUGUGAGUUCGACAUUGUAACAUUAGUUCGAAUAAAUAAUAUAGAAUUUAGCAGAAAAUGAUAUUUAACGGGGUGAAUAUCCAGCGAUUGCUAGAAGAAAGUGAGGCUAUAGACAUUCUCGGUGUGGGUUUUAUUCGCUCGGGUAAAUCGCUUCGUCUGUCGUCGUCGUUUCAAGUAUACACGUACGUGGUGGUUUAUUUGGUCGUAUGAUUUUUAUGAGAACCACGCAAGCGUUGCGACAUGCGUUUUUGAGGGCACGUGUCGAAGUAACGUCGAGUUACACGGCGCAAAUUAAAGUGUCUGUGAUUAGAUACAAGUAAGCGCGCGUCUGAAAAAGUACUAUUAUAUUAACCGCUCGAAUGAGGUCAAAGUAAAAUGCGCGCGCUGCGAUUUACUCUGAUUAUUUGUGCGAUUGCUGGAUGCUGGCAGCCGUUUUCCUGGACAUCGAACUUAUCAAUAUUCAAAUAUGCAAUGUACAUCGGUUAUAAAACAUUAUUGAUCUCCAUAUUGUUCACAUUUAAUGUGACUCAAUUCAUGAACAUUGCAUUAAACGUCGGUAACUCCGACGAAUUCGCCAACACUAUAUACAUGAUGCUGACUGUAUUCGUGGCGUUUUACAAAAUAAUUAUCAUGUGGCUAAGUUGCAAAAAUGUUACCGGAAUAGUCAUAGCUCUCACGGAAAAGCCCUUCGCGCCAAAGGAAUUGGGUGAGAUAACAAUUCGACAGAAGUAUGACAAAAUCGUACAGUAAGCAUCAGCUUUUUAAUGUGGAUACGAUAAUUGCGGGAGGCACUAAGAAAAAGUAUGUGAAAAUUUAUUUGUGAGAUAUAGAGUUGAUUUUUGUGUAAAUAAACUUUGCAUCCCACAAAUAAAUAUCUCCGAGUAUUUCCUUCACAGUGCACUGCGUGUGUAAUGAGAGUAAUAUUUUAAGUAUUCCUGUUACAAGAAUAAAACGAUGACAUAACGAUU